UAAUGGCAGAAACAAAGGAAGAAGUUAAAGCUUAACCAAAAGUGUAUUCAUAUGCAGACUUAAUUGAAUUCGAAAAUAAACAAGUUUUUAGUUCAAUAGGCAAAAUGCCUAUAUCCACAAAGCAAACUCUACCAAGUUACAGUUUCGGUUCUGCUGAACGAGCAAAUCAAGCAAAACUUUAUCAUAAUAAAGAACUUGCCAGAAUCGAUUUUGCAGGUAUUAAUCAUAUUUAAAAAUACUUUAAGGAAAGGCAAGUCCUGGACCUGUUUAUAAUGUUAGAGGAGGAGAUCAAUUUUUCUAUACAAAAGAUGCAGAUACAAAAUUUGGUAAAGAUCCUCGUAAUACUUUGAACACAGGAGCUAAAUUUGAUUACUAUCAAAGAAAGGAUGUUGAUGUAUUAGAGUUUUUUUAUAUUAAAGUUUGAACCUUAAGAAGCUGAUUUAGUUAGAAAGCCUAAAGCUUCUAAUGUCAAAAUUGGAUUGGAAUCAAGAGUAUAAUAUUAUUAAAUAUUAUUUAGUUUCCUCCUGAAAAAAGGCUCAAAGGAACUCCUGGCCCUUAAUAUGAUCCAGCUAUAAAACCUGAAGUUCCAACUCCACCUUAAUUUUCUUUCGGAUAUAGAAGAGAUAUCCCAGGAGCAUCAGCAUUAGCUCCUACAUGUUCAACUCCUGUUAUUGUUGGACCAGGAGCAUAUUUACAAAAGCCUCCUGCUAAUACAAGCAAUUUGGAAGAUGCUUCUCAUUGGACUAUUCCAAAAGGUCCAAAGAUAGGGAAGAUCUUUGAAGGAUGGGAUAAGAAUCAAACAUAUGAUACUAAAUAGUAAACUUAAUAAGAUAAAAAGGAUUGCUGUAGGUGUGUAAGUGAAUUCUAAAAAGAAAUCAUAUCCUGCAUUCAGUGUUGGAAAAUCAACAAGAGAAGCCAAAGUAGGACAUUUUAAGUAGUUGAUGGUAAAGGUUCCUUCAAAAGUACAUAUUCCUCAUCCUAAAAUUUGAU